AUGAGCUCCGCGGCUGCCGCCGAGCUCGGGGCGCAGCAGAGGGGGCUGCCCUGGGCGGUGCUGGCACUGGCCCUGCUGGCCGUCACCUCAUCCUCCCUGGCCGCGCUGUCCCUCUACCACGUCCUGGCCCUGAAGGCGGAGGUGGCCGUCCUGAGGACUGAGGUGCUCCGCAGGAGAGGGGAGCAGCGGAGCGCUGUGGUCGGGCAGGACGUGCGGGAUUCCCCAGAGGUGGCUCCACAACACUCAAGCGGCCAACCAGAGACUGAGCCCAGCAGAGAGACAGCAGAACAGCGGGGUGCACGCACCGUGAAGAAGAGAAGCCUAGACCAAGGGACAGUGUUCCAGCCCUGCUUACAGAUGAUGGCAAACAACAAAAGGAGCACCAUGCAGAAAGUGUUCGUUUCAGAGCUGCACACAGCCAUGCCGUGGCAAACAGGACUGAGGAGAGGCACAGCCCUGGAGGAAGACAACGACGCCAUGCUGGUCAAAGAGGAGGGGUUUUACUUCGUGUACAGUCAGGUCUACUACAUGGACAAAACCUUCGCCAUGGGCCACAUCAUCAUCCGGAGGAAGAAGAAUGUUGUUGGUGACGAGCUGAAGGAUGUCACGCUGUUUCGCUGCAUCCAGAACAUGAACAUGCUCUUCCCCUACAACACCUGCUACACGGCGGGGAUCGUCAAGCUGGAGACGGGAGACAGGCUGGAGCUGCUGAUCCCCCGCAAGACCGCCGUCGUCUCCCUGGACGGAGACUCCACCUUCUUUGGGGCGGUCAAGCUGGUGUGA